GACACAUCACCCCUAGUUUUGACUUCACUUCUCCGAGACUCCAACUAUAUAUAAGUAAAGACAAUUGUUUAGGAGAAACACACAGAAAACGAGAAAGAACGAGAAGAUUCGAUUUAGAAAAAGUAAUAAGAAUGUUGCUGGUGACGGUAUUGGCCGAGAUGUUGAAGGACUACACGGUGGUACUCGCCGGAGCUUUGGAGUACCUCUUCUCUCAGGCACCUUUUCCGAGGAGAAUUCGACUUCAUAUUUUAUAUUCUCUUCCUUUCCAUCGCUCCAGUUCCUCUCACCCUCUUCUCCUUCCUUCUCCUCCUCUUCCUUACACUCCUACUUUGUAACCCAAAAUCUUGAUGUGUUCUUUCUUUCUUUGACUUUAUGAUUUUUCUUUGAGUUGAGUUGUGUGUAAUCCAGAGCCUUCGUUGUAAAUAAGAUCUUUCCAAUUAA